CAUUUUCUCUUCAAAGCUUCUAUAACUAAUAAACCAUAUUAAAUAUGGAUCAAGCAGAGCUUUCCAGGAUAUUCCAAAUGUUCGACAGGAACGGUGACGGCAAAAUCACCAAGCAAGAGCUGAAUGAUUCAUUAGAGAACGUUGGAAUCUACAUGCCUGACAAAGACUUGGUGCAGAUGAUUGAGAAGAUUGAUCUCAACGGUGACGGGUACGUGGACAUCGAAGAGUUUGGAGGGUUGUACGAGACGAUCAUGGAGGAGAGAGACGAGGAGGAAGACAUGAGAGAGGCUUUCAAUGUCUUUGAUCAGAACCGAGACGGGUUCAUCACGGUCGAAGAGCUGAAAUCUGUGUUAGCUUCCUUGGGGCUCAAGCAAGGAAGAACACUAGAGGAUUGUAAGAAGAUGAUAGGCAAAGUGGAUGCUGAUGGAGAUGGGAUGGUGAAUUAUAAAGAGUUUAAGCAAAUGAUGAAAGGUGGUGGAUUUGCCGCCUUAGAAUCAAACUUGUAA